AUGGGGCAAGCUCAGAACAACAUCGCCUUCGAGAACACCCAGACCCCGGUGCUGUUCAUUGACGAGGCUUGCGAUGAGUCAGACCGGUGGGACGGAGGAAAGACUAUACAUUUGACGAUGACGAGAAGAUUCGAGUUCCAGGCAUCUCCUGCACUUCUCCAGCUAUCCCUUAGUCAUGCUCUGCCGACACCGUCUCAGCCAAUUGUAGAUGUACCUCCAGAACGGGCAACCGAUGCCCCAGAACUUGAUCAGGACGUCGUCUAUAAGGAUGGGUUUUACGUCUACACAAACGAGGUGGACGAACCCGUCGCGCAACUCUCGUCGGCAUCCAAUGAGGAACAUGCAAACAGCACAGCACUCUCCGAUGUGUGUUCCCUUCUUUUGGAGAAUGCGCCCACAGAGAUUUGCGCGCUGAUUCGCGCACGGGAAUCCCGUGUUCCUGUCAAUGUGAUUUUGUCUCGCGGCGCCGGAAUUGCGGCGUUUGCCUUCCCAGAUGGUUGCGGAUGCGCGUACCUUGGGUUCUUCUUUAUCACCAAGAUUGGUGUCACAAGGUCCCCAUACUCGUUGGGCGCGAACGCCGAAGAGUCGUGCAUCUAUGGAACCAUGUCGUUGACCUUGGAUCUCGAUUGGACGCCUGGUGGAGAGGAUCCUGAUGCACUUGUCGCCUCGAACUGCUUGCCGUGGUGGAUGCAGGACCAUUCCAAGGCGUCAGAGCACGAUGUCGACCCCAUGCGGUCGGAACCGGGGGAAACGAUCUUGAUUGACAACUCGGGCGUGCCGCUGCAGCACCCGUACACCCUCCUUCCACUCCACUUCCUUGCCCCCUCAUGACGAAUGGGCGGUGAAAUCAAGGGAUGGCACUGUGGGACGUGUGGAAGAUUGAACGUCCAGCCCAAUUUGUGUACCCAGCGGUGCGGGAGCUGCUCGACGUUCAACCACAUUCCUCCCGUUGCUGUCGAGCAUGUUCGACCGUCUCGUGGCACAGAUCCUAUCACAUUUCCGUGGAACAGGCACGCGGAAUCGGUGAACUG